UGACAUUGAAAGGUCAUCAAAGCCUUUUGAGGUCACCUUCUUCAAUCAUAGAGGCCCCAUCUCGGCCCUGUUCUCUUGGAACCCAAGGACUGGAAAUCGCCAUCGAAAAGAGGUGUUUCCUUCAUGACUCCUCUCCCCCAAAAAGCAGACAUGGCAGAGAGCAAGCCUGCAGAAGUCACGGACUUCCAAAUUAUGAUUGCAAACAAAGAUGAUAGCAAGAAGCAGUUAGCUCCCAAGAGAAGCUCCACCAAAGACAGGCACAAAAAAGUAGAUGGUAGAGGCAGAAGAAUAAGGAUGCCAGCUCUUUGCGCAGCCAGGGUCUUCCAAUUGACCAGAGAAUUGGGUCACAAGUCCGAUGGGGAAACAAUUCAGUGGCUCUUACAGCAAGCAGAACCAUCAAUUAUUGCUGCAACUGGUAGUGGGACUAUUCCAGCUUCGGCUCUGGCAGCAUCAGGGGCCUCUGUUUCUGAACAGGGGAUCUCUGUUUCAACAGGCUUGCAUACAAAGAUGGAAGGGCUAGGACCGGGUGUUGGGUCCGGAGGUAGGGCCAAUUGGACAAUGAUGAACGGUAAUUUGGGUAAACCUAACGUGUCAAGUGGGAUGUGGCCCUCUAUCAGUGGAAUUGGGUCAGGGUUUCUUCACAAUUCAAGCCAGUCAUCGUUGAAUUUCGGCAGCGAUAACUCCAAUUUCUUUCCUAAAUUUGGGUUCCAUGGGUUUGAAUUUCCUAAUAUGAAUCUGGGUCCAUUGAGCUUUUCCACAUUUAUGAGUGGAAAUAACCGGCAAGUCCCUGGUUUGGAGCUUGGGCUUUCGCAGGAUGGUCAUAUUGGGAUGCUGAAUUCUCAAGCUUUGAGCCAGAUUUACCGACAGAUGGGGCAGAGCCGAGGUGAUGAAGUUUCCUUGAAUCAACACCAGGAACCUUCUGAUAAGGAUGAUUCUGAAGGGUCAAGGCAGUAGAAGAAUUAGAGCUUUAAGAGAGAAAUUGGUCAUUGCAAGUAGCAUAGAUAGCUAAGACUAAGAAGCAGAGUAGACUAUUAUGGUAGUCGUAGAUGAGUGUUUGAAAUGUAUAAUUGAGAGAGUUGGGAAUUCAAUUCAGUAUUUUAGUGUGUUGGGUUUUGCUUUUGAUUCGCAGGAUUUCACUUCUUUAUAAUACAAAGUUUCAUCCUUGUCUGCAAAA